AUGGCAACUUCCAUUCCGAAUCGCAGUGGCAUUUCAAACGCACUAGCCAAUGUGAUAAGUGGUAAGAAAAACUUAGCGUUACUCAAUGUCGGACUCCAAGUGGUAGCUGUGAAAGCACCCGGAUUCGGUGACAACAGGAAAAACACGCUGAGGGAUAUGGCAAUUGCGACCGGAGGAACUGUGUUUGGAGACGACUCAAACUUGGUUAAGCUUGAAGACAUUCAGCUCAGCGAUUUCGGAGAGGUACAGUUCAGGCAAUUUCUCAAAUAUUUGGAUGAAUCAACUCCACAUAUUGACAGGUCGAAGAGGUGA